AUGGGUACCAAGGCUGAGCCUGGUGUGAUCCCACGAGCUGUAAAUGAUCUUUUUACGUAUAUCGAAGAGCACCCUGGCCGAGAAUUCCUGUUGCGUGUCUCCUACAUGGAGAUCUACAAGGAAAAAAUCCAUGAUCUCAUUGCAAAGGCAGAUGGUCUCACACCUGAGAUUCACGAAGAUAAAAAGCGUGGCGUAUUCGUAAAGAACCUUCGGGAGGUGAUUGUCGUGUCACCGCAACAAGUAUUAGACGUUAUCAAAGAGGGUGAAGCUAAUCGUCAUGUGGGUGAGACCGAUUACAAUGCACGCAGUAGUCGAUCACAUACAAUCUUUCAAAUGGUCAUUGAAAGCAGGAACAAGAAUGUCUAUGUACCAGAUCAAGGAAGUGUACGCAUCUCGCAAUUGAACUUGAUUGACCUUGCAGGAUCUGAAAAGGCAGCAAGUGACAGUGAACGACGUCAAGAAGGUUCCUAUAUCAACAAGAGUCUAUUGGCUUUGGGCAAUGUGAUUUCGCAGCUGACUAACCCAAAGAGCUCUGGAAAUGACAAGGGCUUUGUCCAAUACCGCACUUCGAUCCUUACAAGAGUGUUGCAAACAGCCUUAUCAGGCAAUGCAAGAAUCUCCGUCAUUUGUACCAUCAAUCCAACAUGGAAGUGCAAGACCGAAUCAACAAUGACGUUAAGAUUUGCUCAACGUGCCAAGAUGAUCCGCACAGCAGCCAAAAUGACGCGGAUCAAUGAACAUUCCGAGCUUCAAAAGUGCCUCAAUACCAUUGCUGAAUUGCAGACUCGUAUGCAGGAGAAGACUGAGCAAGAGGUUGAAACGCGAGGAAGACUUAACCAAUUGCUGGGUAUGAUUCUCACAAGUUCAAAAACAUCAGCAACCACGACUGCUGCGGUGACCAAAUUGGCAAAUCAAGUGGCGAAUGGGAGUGGUCCUCUUAGCCGAGAAACGAUCCAUGAUGUUUUUACUCAAUGUGAACAAGGCUUGACAGCGCAUCGUGAGGAGAUGGCACAAAUGCAGGCGUCGUUGGAGGCUGCCAACCAGGAAAAGAGGGAUUUGGAGGCACGAUUGCAAAUGAUGACCAAGGCUUCAGAGGAGGAUCGUCAGCAACUUGAAGAGCGUUUGGCAGCGUCCAUCAAAGAUGCCAAGGAGCAUGAACAAGAGUUUUUGACCCGAUUGCAAAUACUUCAAGAAGAGAAUCGAUACUUGGAAGCGAAUCUUGCCACGUUGCAACAGGCCAAAGCGGAGCAUCAAGAAGCCAUGACCCAGCAGCUGACACAAUUACAAGAAGAGAACCGGCAAUUGGAAAAGAGUCUCAAGCUGGCGCUAUCGGAUGCAGAACAACAUGACAAUGAACAAGGAACGCUUGCAACCCAUCUUCAGAAGGCACUUGAUGUAUCCAAGGCUGAGAAUGCCGAGUUAAAGUCACAGCUUGAUUUGUUGAAAAGGGAAAAGGACCAAGCAGCAGCUGCUCAAUUGCAACAACUGGAAGCACAAUUGGCUGAGGCACGUGCUGAGAUUUCACAACAACAGCAUCUUCUUCGUACCGAGUACAAGACUGCAUGUGAGGAACGGGAUGCUUAUUUGGCCGAGAUUCAAGAACAGCGAGAACGCACUCAAGAGCUUACAGGACGCAUGGCAUCUUUGGAAAAUGCACGCAUGUUGCUUUUAGACAAACAAGAGGAAUUGAUGCAUGUCAUUCACAGACAACAAAACGACAAUGAGGAGCUUCAGGCUGAUCUCGACGAGGCACAAAAAAGAUUGGAGGAAUCAACAUAUACCAAAAACAACAAUAAUACGAAUGAAAAGGAAGAACCACCUCGCCCAAGGCGUUCUCUGAAUGCAUCCUUUGGUGGAAGCAUUGUACCAAAUCUAAUGGCGGCAGCUGCAGUAUACUACGCAGCCACGUUAUUGUAA